UGUGUGUGUGUGUCCUGGAACCUUAUCACUGGAAAGUUUUAGGAAGGUUGUGGGUGGAUUCAUGGCUUAGGCUACCGAAGAAACCAAAACAAUGCCAUUCACAAACAAGAUGUUUAUCUGAGUCUACUGCCCGCGCAACAUCUUGCUAAAAUACAUCAACAAUGUGCACAGCAGUGGAGGCUGCUGAGAGGAGGAUGGCUCACAAUAAUGGCUAAAACGGAGCAAUUGGAAUGGAAUAAAAUGCAUGGAAACCAUGUGUUUGAUACCAUUCCACUAAUUCCGCUCCAGCCAAUUCCAUGAACUCGUCCUCCCCAAUUAAGAUGCCACCAACCUCCUGUUGUGCACAGAUGCACACACAAUAAAAGCCACCUCACAGUAGUGUACACGUACAAACAAGCAGAAAUGUAAAACGCUGUCUCUGUGUUAGAGCACUUGAUGUCAUGAACUGAAGGUAAAAAGGGAGAACGUGGGUGGAAAGUAGACAAUCUGACAACAACCUGACAACAAGUUUCAUCACAAUGUGCCAACCUGCUCACGUCAAGAUCUCAGACAAGAUAGAGGAAAGACUACAGUGCCUGUUUUAACUAGUGGCCAAACACAAACCUUCAUACGGGCUUAAUACAAAUAUGCAAAAAUCAUAAAGAGAGAAAAUAGAAACGCUCAGCUGUCACACUUGAACUGCAACUUCAACUCAACCUUAAAGAAAAGGUUCACUCAUUUUGAAUGUUACAUCAUUUUGGUGCAUCUCUGAGCGAUGUUCUAUCGAUUCCCGGGGUCAUUUCAUGUUUUCAUGUGUAUCUGAGCUGUGUCAUCAUAUGCGAAACUCGUCAUACCGGCUGUAUUUCUGCCUGCCUGAACCGCAAUAGUUCAGAUACACAUGAAAACAUGAAAUGACCCUGCAGCAGAAAAGAACAGGUUGAUUUGCCACCUGACAUCUGAUUUUCCUAAAUAUUAUAGACCUAUGAAAUGGAGAUACGAGGGACUCAUCAAACACACACAUGGUCACCAGUGAGGUUUUACUGUCUUAGAAAAUUGGUGCAAUCAGGUUUGUGGUUUUAAAGUGCUGAUAUCUUCUAACCCCCAACAAUGCAGUACACUGACGAGGCCUGAUCAGCCAACCACAAGCAAAUAUCAAUAAAAUGCUCAGGAAGUGUGGGACAAGAACCUGUCACCUGGUGAUUUUCAUAUGUUGGUGUCUCAUUUCAAACAUCUUCACAUGCACCAUCAAUUUAAAUGCAAAUGCACCUCCGGAGUCAUGCUGACAGCAACUGCACACCUGUGAUGAGACCUGUAGUCUGGCACAGGACAGCCUGACCCCAGGUAUUCAGUUCACCACUCAUCACAAUACAGGAGACACAGGAGGUGCAGACAGACUGAUAGAACAGUUCUCCCCAUUGACUCGCUGGGCUGUGAAAGUACCCAUACAGGUGAGCCUCUCCAUCACUCUGUAACUGGUUGGCAAAUUACCUUUCUCUCACAGCAUCAGCUGCUGACUCGGUCUCUUCUUUCUCUCUCUCCCUUUCACCCUUUAUUUCUCUAUCAAUGCAUCUCUUUAAACUCUCAUUUGUUGAUGCCUUUUUUACUCUCUGAUGUUUGCCAUGUCCUCUCAACAUGUCUCUUCCUGCCCUCAGCAGCAUGGCAGUGCCAUUGAGACUGCUGGUUCUAUGCUGCCUGUUUGGAGCAGGGUGUAAUCAGAGCUCUCCACCAUGGUUCCAGAACAUCACUACAACUCUGUUCAACUCCUCGGGAGACAUCCUCCUCGGGGGGCUCUUCCCCAUCAAUGAUCUCACCAGCAACUUGAGCCAGAGAGUAGAGCCGGACAGCAUUAGCUGUGACAGUAUUAAUACGUUUGGUUUGGGUAUGGCCCUGGUGAUGAAGUACACAGUGGAUGAGAUCAACGCCAACUCCACCCUACUCCCCGGCAUCAGGCUGGGCUAUGAGAUCUUCGACACCUGCAAGCAGUCUGCCGUCAUCGUGAAGCCCACCCUCUUCUUCCUCACAGAGGGCUCCAGCCGGGAGCUGGCCAUCAUGUGUAACUACACGGACUACGUGACCCGUGUGGUGGCUGUCAUCGGCCCUUCCACCUCAGAGAUGGUCUCAGUCAUAGGAAAACUACUGGGAUUCUUCCUCAUGCCACAGAUCAGCUACAGUGCCACCAGUGACAAGUUCAGUGACAAGAGUCUGUACCCAUCGUUCUUGCGCACCGUGCCCAGUGACAAGAGGCAGGUGGAGGCCAUGGUGCGUCUGAUGAACAGGUUCCAGUGGAACUGGGUAGCUGUCGUGGGCAGUGAGGAUGAGUAUGGACGUCAGGGCCAGCGCCAGUUUUCUACCCUGGCAGCAGAGAGCUCCAUUUGUGUGGCGUACGAGGGGUUAAUCCCCAUCUAUAGCGACCCACAGCCUGUGGUCAGAGAGAUGCUGGACCGCAUCAUAGAGAGCAAAGUGGGUGUGGUGGUGGUGUUCUCUCUCUCCCAGCCUGCCAGAGCCUUCUUUACUGAGGUGAUCAGGAGGAAUCUGACAGGGGUCUGGGUGGCCAGCGAUGCGUGGGCCCUGCACAGAGACGUAUCAACUCUCCGAAACAUCCACACUGUGGGCACUAUCAUUGCCUUCACAGUCCACAGCCAGAUCCUGGGCCUGCUCACACCCUACACCACAGAACUCUUCUCCAGGAUCAGAGAGGAGAGGGUCAGGCAGCCCUCACCAGGUCCAGAUACAGAGCCAACCCAUAGUAUGAACCCAUGCCCAGACUGCUGGAACCUGUCCCUAGACAACAUAAGUCUGGUGACAAAGCCCAUACUGCUGAGGUCAGCUUUCAGCGUCUAUGCUGCCAUCUACAGUGUUGCACACGCACUGCACACCAUGCUCAGGUGCAAUGCUAAGAGCUGCCUGGGGGACACUAAAAGCAAACUCUACCCCUGGCAGCUGUUGGAGGUGCUCAAGGAGGUUAACUUCAGUCUAAAUGGAAGUCAUUUUGAGUUUGACAGUAAUGGAAACCCAAACAUUGGCUACAACGUACUACAGUGGGUCUGGGGAAACAACAGUCUGAGUUUCAAAGAUGUCGGCACCUUCUAUGAGAAGCUGUCAAUCAAUAACUCCCUCAUCCAAUGGCAUACAGUAUGCGCUAAGGCCCCUGAGUCUACCUGUUCUUCUGAGUGUGGCCCUGGCCAGGUGCGCAGAGUGAAAGGCUUCCAUUCCUGCUGCUUUGACUGUAUUGACUGUUUACCGGGCACCUUCCAGAAUGGCAGAAUGGACAUCCAGUGUACCCAGUGUCUAGAGGGCCAGUGGUCCCUGGUACGUAGCACCAACUGCACCGAGCCUACCUUUGACUUCCUAACCUGGGGCCAGCCUGAGUCCUUGGGGCUGCUGCUGGCCAUGCUAGUGCUGCUGGCCUGUCAGGGGGCUGUGGGGGUCCUGUUCCUGCAGCACCGGGGUUCUCCGCUGGUGAGGGCCUCUGGGGGGCCCCUGGGUGGUGUGUCCCUACUCAGCAUGAUGGGGGGCUGUGCCUGCCUGCUGCUGUUCCUGGUCCAGCCAGGGGACAUGGUGUGUCGUCUGCAGCUUCCCCUCAGCUCCAUCUUCCACACGGUCACCUUGUCCACCAUCUUAGCCUUCUCACUGCAGAUUGUGUAUGUGACCGAGUUCCCUGAGAAGGCUCCAUCUCAUCUGGAUACACUGAGAGGCCCUGGAGGCUGGCUGCUGGUACUGGCCUGCUGUGGUGUGCAGGCAGGGAUCUGUGGCUAUUAUGUCCAGGAGGGGCCCUCUUUAUCCCGGUACCUGGCCAAGAUAAAGGUGACCUUUGUGAGAAAGUUCCUACGAUGCCCUGUGGAGCCCAUCUUAUGUCUUGGCCUGAUGCAGGGCUUCAAUGGCCUCCUCGCCCUCAUAUCCUUCAUGUGCACCUUCAUGGCUGUGAAGCCCAUUCGACAAUACAACCUGGCCAGAGAUAUCACCUUCUCCACCCUGACCUACUGUGUGGUUUGGGUGGUCUUCAUCCCCAUCUACACUGGUCUGAAUGACAAGGAACGCUCCAUUGUCCAUGUAUCUGUCAGUUUGCUCAGUAACAUGGGGCUGAUGGCAGCCUACUAUCUGCCAAAAUGUUACCUGCUGCUGAAGAAACCUGAGCUCAACACAGCAGAGCAUUUCCGUACCUUCCUCGAGGGAGCUCCAGGAACUCAAGAGGAACAGGACCAGGGACCUGCAGGGGAGGGACAAGUAUCAGGGGAGGCACAGGGACAGUGAAAUGUAUUAUGUUUAAUGUUUCAAUAAUAUAUACAAUUUAAUUUUGCAUGUUAUACAUUUCAUGUGCAUGUAUACUAGUUUGAUUGAAUGAUUUCGGUUAUUUAUCUUUGCAGAAAUUGUGAGUAAACGCACAGCAAAGGAGCAGGGCCAUGCACAGACCUUUCAGGGGGUGCUCAAAAUGAAAAAUAAAUAACAUACCAAAUAUCUCUAACAAUGUUUUGUUCUUGCAUAGGCCUAUUUAUUUCUGCAACAACACACUCAUCAUCACAAACUGUAAGGAAGCUAGUAACAGUGCCUCCUAAAGAUAUGAUUGACAUCGGGAAAAGAGGAUGGGCUAUCAGCUGACCAUUGAUGUUGAUGAUUGAUGUAAAUAUGCUAGUUAUGUAGCUCCAUUUCCUUUGGUGAUUGUGAUUUACCUUUCUAUAUCUUUCUGCCUACCUCUACUGUGUGUACCAGACAACCAGACCAGAUAUUGAUGAUGAUGAUGAAGGCUAAGUUAAGUGUUUAUCAAAUGUUGUGAUUAUGUAGCAGUACUGUUGGUAUUUAAACUAGCUAGUUAGCUACACAUGCUAGAACGGUGAGUGCAUCUCUCAAGCCAUGCAUGUUUGCAUACCAGGUACGAGCAAUCUCCAUAGAGCCCCACAGUGGAGGUGUCAUAAUACCCAUAAAACCUAGUGGUCAAACAGGGAAAUGGUAUCCAAUCAAUUUUCCACCAUUCAUUUUUCCCAUAGGGAAUUUUAGAAACAUUUAAAAUAAGGGCUGUGUUUUGUGUAGGCUUACCCUGACGUGACGUUUUGACAACCAUGUCAAUCUCUUAAGAACAAGGGGACUUUUAGAAAUAUAUUAGGCUCUAUUUACUCUCAGAUAUGAACUUGCUAAGGGUCAGAUCGUAAGUUACUG